CGGAAGUGAUGGGCUGACUGUUGACAGGUCUCUUGCAACGUAAGACGUGUGUCACCUAACGUUAACAUUAUAGAAAUUAUGGCGAGGCUUUGAUCCAACAGCAGUUCGCUGGCCUCCACACUUGUGUCGUCCCGUGUAAGGCUGUGAGUGAAAGUUUGCUCGCAGCCCGGCUGUCUGCGAUGGACCGCGGGGAGGAGGUGCGCGUGGAAGCUGCCCCGUACUGCUGCUCCACCUGUGAUGGAGGGGAGGCGUCCGGACGCAGCCUGGCGCGUCGCAGCAGAAAGACCCGAAGCCUGAGCAGCUGCUCGGCCGCCAGCUCCUCUGACUACAGGAGGCCUCAGUCACUUCAUGGACCGAGCCCCGUGACCAAGUUCGGGCCCAAGGCGUGCAUGCUGCAGAAUCCACACACCGUAAUGCACAUUCAAGACCCAGCCAGCCAAAGGCUGACGUGGAACAAGCAGCCAAAAAGUGUCCUUGUCAUCAAGAAGAUCCGCGACGCCAGCCUGCUUCAGCCUUUCAAAGAGCUCUGCGUAUUCCUCACCGAGAUGAAAGAUUUGAUUGUAUAUGUGGAAAAGAAGGUUCUGGAGGACCCAGCGAUUUUGGACGAUGAGAACUUUGGGACCAUUACUAAGAAAUUCUGCACUUUCAGAGAUGAUCUUGAUGACAUCUCCAAUCGCAUUGACUUCAUCAUCUGCCUCGGGGGAGAUGGGACUCUGCUGUACGCGUCUUCGCUUUUCCAGGAGAGCGUUCCACCAGUUAUGGCCUUUCACCUGGGCUCCCUGGGAUUCCUGACUCCUUUUAAAUUUGACACUUACCAGUCUCAGGUCACCCAAAUUAUUGACGGUAACGCUGCCAUCGUCCUGCGAAGUCGCUUGAAAGUCCGGGUGCUCAAAGAGAGCUGCGAGAAGAAGGCCAGAGUUGACGAAAAGUGCAUCGUCCUGACUAAUGGGGACACCGAAAGCAGCCGGAAAGCCGCCGAGUAUCAGGUACUGAACGAGGUGGUGGUGGACCGAGGACCCUCUUCGUAUCUCUCCAACGUGGACCUCUUCCUGGACGGACACCUCAUCACCACCGUGCAGGGAGACGGCGUGAUCGUGUCCACACCCACCGGCAGCACAGCGUAUGCGGUGGCAGCAGGAGCUUCCAUGAUCCACCCCAACGUGCCGGCCAUCAUGAUAACCCCCAUCUGCCCGCACUCGCUCUCCUUUAGACCCAUCGUGGUGCCUGCAGGGGUGGAGCUCAAGAUAAUGCUGUCCCGCGAUGCCAGAAACACCGCCUGGGUGUCAUUCGAUGGAAGAAAGAGACAAGAGAUCUGCCACGGGGACAGCAUUACCAUCACCACUUCCUGCUUCCCUGUUCCCUCCAUCUGUUUCCGUGACCCGGUCAAUGACUGGUUCGAGAGCCUGGCCCAGUGUUUGCACUGGAAUGUGAGGAAGAAGCAGAACCACAUUAGCUCAGAGGACGAGGAGUUCUGAGGCGCCAGUCUCUAAAGCACCCUUUAGUCUUUGGUUAAACCUACCCAAAAAACCAUUCUUCAUUUUUCAUCUUAACAGUUCAAUUUAUUUAACUUGUAUUUCAAAAUGCCCUUUCAACAGGAACUCUAUUUUGUUUUACAAUGCUAAUUCCCCCCAGCUGACCUGUCGUGUGCUCGCGUGCGUUUUCAUUAAUACUCCCAAUCAAAGUGCAACGCCGCCGCCGCUGCUGCUGCGAGCCUUAUUUACAUAACGCCACAGAGAGAAGAAGCUUAUCUACGGUCUAUUGUGUGAGAGGUGAGGACAGAGACCGGGGACAAUUCCAAUCUUGAAUGAUGUUGUUUUUUUUUUUGGUUUUUUUUAAGUAGAAUUUAUUCUAAAAAAAUACAUUUGAAAAAGGGUUUUUUCAGAUUCAAAUAAAUAUAAAUCGUAAUAUUUCAUUAAAAACUGUUUUUAAGGAGUCUGUAAAAUACCCUAGAAGAUAUUCUGACCUGUUCUAAUGUGUAAACGCGUUUUGAAUGGCAAAUAUUUGAAUGGCGUUUGUUGUUUUCCUUCCCUUGCAAACUGUUGAUGAAAUCCAAAAGCAGUUUGAAGGGUUGGUGGUUCGUCCAGUAAUCUGGAGGAAUGCGAGACUUCGGAGGAACUUGGACUAAAGGUCGUUGGUGGACGACCGUUGCAUUAGUCUGAAAAACUGCAGGGACACAUCUAGUACUUUAUAAACCAGUUAAUUCCUACAGCAGAGGUUAAGGAUUUUUUUUUCUAAAGCUCUUUCUAAAAAUGAAUGACAGAAAUGGUGUUACACAUUUUUUAGUUGCAUCUCGGGGGGGGGGAAGCUGAUUUACAGGAUAUCUACAUGGCUUUAGUGACCCAAAUGCACAGACUGUGCCUUACACACGCGUAUCAUUACUUUAUAGGAAUGUCAUUUUGGUUUACAUCACGUUGACGUCGUCACGCACUUCAUGUGAUUUGUGGAUUUUCAUUGUAGCCGCGUGUUGACUGUUGUCUUUGCCGUCUGCUGCACACGACACCAGGUUGGGUUAUUCAGUACGCGAUGACUCCCCUCUUUUGCAGUCAUGUAGUCCUUGCGGUGGAUCGUACAGCAGGAGGAAUCAUUCCAGGUCCCAUUUCUUCAGUGUCUUUAACGUCUGUUUUUAUAAAAAGCCAUUUAAGCCAUAGCUGAACUCUGUAGGUUUUAUAGACAAUGUCUGUGGGCUGCGGGGGAUUUAAAGAAGGAUUUUCUGUUGUGUUUUUUUUUUGAGUUUGUCCACCGCUACGUCUCUGCCACUGUAGUCUUUUUCUGAAACGUGCGGCUGAUCUGUUCACAUGUUUGUUAAUAAUACGUAUAUACACAUUCUAAACUGGCUCAACUAAACGUGUCCGAUGGAAAACAUGAAGACGGUGUCACCUGUUAGUGUAACGGUAACUAAAGUGGACCAACUGAGUUGUGAAAGGCAAUCAUUCCUUUAACUCAGCAUGUAUGUAUAUAUUGUAUGGGACGCUUGAGUAAGAUGGGUUUUGUAAAGUCAAUAUGUCUAUUAAUCAGUUUACAAUGUACAAUUGCUAAAAAUAAAUAUUUGAUACUUUUUUUACAUUAAUAAACUGUAUAAUUAAUUAAUUUUGGCAGUCCGGCUACAUUUCUAGAAGCACUUCUACAUUCUAAAUGCUUUCCAGGAUAACUUGAUAUCUAGUUUUCUGAAGUACUGCAACCCAAGAGUCAAGAGCUGAUGCGGGAGGCCAACAGCCAACAACAGCAAAAAUAACAGCUUUUACUUGUGACUGGAAUUGUCAACUCUUCUAACCCACUUUUGUAAGUUUUUCUAAUGCUAUUUUUUCCCAGAGUACUUUAAUAAACCACAUGUAGCUAGGGA